GGCUGUGCCUCAGUCAUCAAGGCCCAGAGCUUCUGUCCCCACUGUGGGGAGGAUGCCACCGGGGCCCAGGAAGUCACUGUUCCCAAGCCUGUUACUGUCCCCAAACCUGAGCCCGUACUUCCUCCUGUGUCAGCUGUUUCCCCUGUGGCCCCUGUUCCUGCUGUGUCCACCAGGCCCCUCAUUCACAGGGCUAAGAAGACCACGGAGCUUGAGAGGACGCUGGACACCUACCCAACAACAGGUAGUUCAGACUUUACUCUUCCAUUCUCAAUUUACUUCCCUCUAUCCUAAUCUGUGUCUCUUUCUCUCUGCAUUAGUGCUACCAUUGAUAAUGUGCUUGGGCAUUUAGAGGGAGCCUUUAGGUGAUGGAGAGGAACCAGCUAAAACGUCACUGGAGAGCAUCCUGAUGGCCCUGGAUGAGGAAAAGUAAGUUUACAAUUUAGCUAUUUUUAAAGUCAUUACUUAUUAGACUUUUAGUAGUUUGGAUAAGAUAAUAUAAUGAACACAUAGUAGGUCCAUAGUCAUUACUGUUUCAUGUCAAUUAUGAUUGUAAUAGGCACUCUUACAGAUGUUGCUGCUGCAUACCAAGUGAUGUAGCUAGAUUUCUCUUUUUGGUAUCUAGUAUGAGGCCAAAGAAAGUGAAAUAUCACACGAAGCAACUGUACAUCUCUGCCCAUCAUGGGGAGCUCCAGAAAGUCAUCCAUCUGCUGGGUAAGAACAUGCCACAUCUCUCCAGAUGUAUUUUGUAAGCAGAGUUCGUUCCUACAUGGAGCCACCUCUUCUAAUAUUUUAACAUUAAUGAAAAGGUAAACAACUUAUUGAUUUUAUUUUAUUUUCACACCUGGAAAUUAUAUGAUACGAUAUACUUUAUUGUCCCCGAGGGGAAAGUUGUCAACAUGACUCAAAGGGUAAUUUACUUAUUUGUUCCAGUGGAUGGAAAAGACCCAAACUACCUGAUGGACAAUCAGAACAAGAGGACCGCUCUACAUGCUGCAGCAGAUGAAGGACACCAGGAGAUCUGUCACAUGCUUGUCCAGGUGAGGAGAUGUACUCUGACAUAUAGCAGGUAUUGCCUAUCUCUUCACAAUAUAAUCACUUGGCAUACAAGUGUAGCAGAUGACUAAGCUAGCAGCUCUGCUGCAUUCCUUCAGAGAUUUGAAGUACUGUCCCUCACACCAAGAAAAUGUAUUUGCUUUUCUGGGUCAAUAUUGACAGUGCUUCUUGAGUACGUUGUGUUUACUGUGCAGAGGGUUGUGAGUGUUGGACGGGACAUAACUUUCACUCUAUUAUACUGUGCAAGCAUACAGGUGUGAAAGGUUUCUUAUUCCCUAUCUCGCUUAGGCUGGAGCUAACCUGGACAUGUUUGAUGAGGAGCAGAGAACCCCCCUGAUGGACGCCUGUGACAACAACCAUCUGGACACGGUCAAGUACCUGCUGAGGGCCGGGUCAGCGGUCAGCUAUAAGGUCAGUGCGUGGAGUUCAUUGAUCACCCCAUAGAUAGGCCAUGAUCUUCUGUCAACCCCACCAGCUGUGUUACCGUUCAUAGGAUAAGACUUUCGCUAAAUGAGCUGGACCUCUGGUGUACUGUAAAGUGAUCAAGCUGUUUUAUGUCCAUGACACGUUCAUGUCUUAAACUAUUAACCACAUACUGUAGCAGCUCAAGGUCAGUGUUUUGGGCCUCCCGAGUGGCGCACAAUUGGCCCAGCGUCGUCCGGGUUAGGGGAGGGUUUGGCCGGCCGGGAUUUCCUUGUCCCAUCGCGCUCUAGCGACUCCUUGUGGCGGGCUGGGCGCCUGCAAGCUGAAUUCGGUUGCCAGCUGGAUGGUGUUUCCUCCGACACGUUGGUGUGGCUGGCUUCCGGGAUAAGCGAGCAGUGUGUCAAGAAGCAGUGCGGCUUGGUAUGGUCGUGUUUCGGAGGCAUGGCUCUCAAACUUCGCCUCUCCCAAGUCCGUAGCAAUGGGACAAGACAGCGAUGGGAUCAGACUGUUACUACCAAUUGGAUAUCACAAAAAGGGGUAAAACUACAACAUCAACAAAAAAGGUAGGUGUUUCUUUAAAUAGCCAUGAACAAAACCAGUGAAAAACAUUUUGAUCUUCAUCUCCUCUCAGGGUAUCAAGGGCUCCACUUGUCUGCAUUUGGCAGCUAAACUGGGACAUUACUCCAUCGUGGAUAAUUUCCUGUCCAAGGAAUCCAAACAGGUCAACUGUCAGGUAGUUACCCAUCCAUGCUCUGCUCCUUCUUCUAUUAACAGGUCCAGUUGAAAUGUUAACAGCUUCAUUGAAAUCGUCUAGCCAUAAUUCACGCGUACUAUCAGCUAGACUUUAGGAGGGUGAGUUGGCGGUCAGUGUUGUUGGAAGACAGCCCAGUUUAACAGUCUGCCUAUUAGGAUGUUCAAUAUGUUGUGGGUAAUAUUAAAUGGAUUGUAAAACUCUUGACCUUAAGGGGAAAGAUAGAGACUGAAAUUGCUCCUCACUGUUGUCAUGAUUCCAGGUGAUUUAUCAUGUUUUGCCUUGCAUUUGUAUGCCUGAUUUUGUUUAAUUUGAGGCACCUAGGAAAACAUUGUGUUUUGAAGCUAAUUUCCUGCAAUUCUUUGUAGUUUAACAAAACUCAUGACAUCUUUUAGUUAGGCUAUUUAAUGAUAAUAAUUAUAAAUAUACAGUGCCUUCAGAAAGUAUUCAUACCCCUUGACUUAUUCCACAUUUUGUUGUGUUACAGCCUGAAUUCAAAAUGGAUUCAAAAUAUUUUUUAUCUCACCCAUCUACACACAAUACCUCAUAAUGACAAAGUGAAAACAUGUUUUUAGAAAUACAAUUUUAGCAAAUUUAUUGAAAAUGAAAUAUAGAAAUAUCUACUCCUGAAGUCAAUACUUUGUAGAAGCAGCGAUUACAACUGUGAGUCAUUCUAAGAGCUUUCCACACCUGAAUUGUGCAACAUUUUCCCAUUAUUAUUUUCAAAAUUCUUCAAGCUCUGUUGUUGGUUGUUGAUCAUUGCUAGACAACCAUUUUUAGGUCUUGCCAUAGAUAGUCAAAACUGCAACUCAGCCAUUCAGGAACAUUCACUGUCUUCUUGGUAAGCAACUCCAGUGUAGAUUUGGCCUUGUGUUGUAGGUUAUCCUGCUGAAAGGUAAAUUAUUCUCCCAUUGUCUGGUGGAAAGCAGACUAAACCCUGUUUUCCUCUAGGAUUUUGCCUGUGCUUAGCUCCUUUCAGUUUUAUUUUUUAUCCUGAAAAACUCCCCAGUCCUCAGCUAUUACAAGCAUACCCAUAACAUGUUGCAGCCACCACUAUGCUUGAAAAUAUGGAGAGUGGUACUCAGUAUUGGAUUUGCCCCAAACAUAACACUUUGUAUUCAGGUCAAAAAGUGAAUGGCUUUACCACAUUUUUUGCAUUAUUACUUUAGUGCCUUGUUGCAAACAGGAUUCAUGUUUUGGAAUAUUUAUAUUCUGUACAGGCUUCUUUCUAUUCACUGUCAAUUAGGUGGAGUAACUACAAUGUUGUUGAUCCAUUCUCAGUUUUCUCCUAUCACAGCCAUUAAACUCUGUAACUGUUUUAAAGUCACCAUUGGUCUCAUGGUGAAAUCCCUGAGUGGUUUCCUUCCUCUCGGGCAACUGAGUUAGGAAGCAUGCCUGUAUCUUUGUAGUGACUGGGUGUAUUGAUACACCAUACAAAGUGUCAUUAAUAACUUCACCAUGCUCAAAGGGAUAUUCAAUGUCUGCUUUAUUUAAAUGUUUUACCCAUCUACCAAUAGGUGGUCUUCUUUGCGAGGCAUUGAAAAACCUCCCUGGUCUUUGUGGUUGAAUCUGUGUUUGAAAUGCACUGCUCGACUGAGGGACCUUACAGAUAAUUGUAUGUGUGGGGUACAGAGAUGAGGUAGUCAUUCAAAAAUCAUGUUAAACACUAUUAUUGCAAACCAGAGUGAGUCCAUGCAACUUCUGUGACUUGUUCAGAAUAAUUUUACUCCUGAACUUAUUUAGGCUUGCCAUAACAAAGGGGUUGAAUACUUAUUGACGCAAGACAUUUCAGCCUGUAACACAACAAAAUGUGGAAAAAGUCAAGGGGUGUGAAUACUUUCUGAAGGUACUGUAGCUGCAGCAGCAAUGAACGGGGUUCACAGGAUGUCAAAAAGGACACAAGAUCAGUUCGAUAACAAAGUAAGCACUCUAUCAUGUAGGAACUAUCUUCCUUUAUGUGCAAUCAUGAGUCUAAAUACAAAAUCUGAGUGAAUCUCGUAUGGUUCAUGAGGAGAAGAUAAUUUUGAGCAUUAGCAUUACAGAUGCAAAAGAAUGAGUUGUUAAUAGUUUCGAAAUUCCCAUGUGCAUCAGUCACGUCUUCCUUUGGCAUUUUACAGCUUGUAUCUAUUUACGUGUCGUUUUAGAUCGGUAUGAACAAUCGUGAUUUCUUUUUUUACUCCUCAAAUAAAGGCUUAAGUUUCAUAAAAACAUUUCUAUUUAGUUUUUAUAUUAUUCAAUUUUAGUUUCAGUAUUAGGGACAGAAAGUAGCCAAUGCAUGGGAGGCUAGAAGCUGUUUUUGUGUUUUUUGGGAUGUCACUUCUUGCCACUGUGGGGCAGUAAUGCAUAAGGUGAUGGGUCAGGUCAUAGGUUAGGUUUAAAGGUAGACUCAGCAAGAUUACGUAGAAGCACCAAGUAAACAGUAGUAGUGGGUCAAUUUCCGCAACAAGCAGGGGCCGGUUUCCCAAUAGCGAUGGAAGUUAGGCUUUUUGUCCUUCGCUUGUUUGUAACAAUUGCAAAGACAUUGGCAACUUUGUAAUUGUAGUCAACUUCGUUCUGAAUUUAUCAGAGGUCAAAGAGAGAUUGAUAAACAUCUGGAUUCUGUGUUUAGCAGAGAUCUUCUGUGUAUAAAGUGAAGCGGAAGGGCAAAAAAGCAUUUAACAACGCACUUUGCUGUUGUGUUCAUCUCAAUGGACGGGUUUGAGCGGAUCACUUUUGUCAAGUCGGUGACCAACAAUUGUCACCGCCUUUGCAUUCUGAACAUGACCAAAAACAUGACUGAAACAGGAACCCAUUUAUGAUUUAUGUGUACAGUGGAUAUAUACAAAUGCAUGUGAUAUUUGAGGCUCUCUGUCACUAAUUGAUUGUACAAUGUACACACUAUUAUAUUAUGAUUUCAGUUUGUGAGUGUGUAAUAUGGGGGUUAGAUACACGUGAAUGUCGACGUUUUAUAAAAACUGCCAUGUUGAUCUGAGCCUUGCUGUUAGAAAAACACAUUAGCAUCCGAACUUUCAGCUGUCACAGAUGCAUCUCCCCCGACGUCACUCCUCGACUUUCUUCUACAGUCGGUUGCUUUAGCUAGGGCCCUAUAAAAUAUUUUUUCCCCCAACAUUUUGUUUUCUCCGUUUUGUUUUUCCAGGUUUCCGUUUCCCCCUGUUUUUCCAGGUUUCUGUUUCCCCCUGUUUUUCCAGGUUUUCGCUCACAAAAUCACACAUUGAAUAAAAAAAUUAUUGGAUGUUCUAAUUCGACAACAAUGUUUAAACUACAGUUGAAGUCGGAAGUUUACAUACACUUAGGUUGGGGUCAUUAAAACUCGUUUUUCAACCACUCCACACAUUUCUUGUUACAAACUAUAGUUUUGGCAAGUCGGUUACUUUGUGCAUGACACAAGUAAUUUUUCCAACAAUUGUUUACAGACAUAUUAUUUCACUUAUAAUUCACUGUAUCACAAUUCCAGUGGGUCAGAAGUUCACAUACACUAAGUUGACUGUGCCUUUAAACAGCUUGGAAAAUUCCAGAAAAUGAUUUAAUGGCUUUAAAAGCUUCUGAUAGGCUAAUUGACAUCAUUUGAGUCAAUUGGAGGUGUACCUGUGGAUGUAUUUCAAGGCCUACCUUCAAACUCAGUGCCUCUUUGCUUGACAUCAUGGAAAAAUCUAAAGAAAUCAGCCAAGACCUCAGGAAAAAAAUUGUAGACCUUGGGAGCAAUUUCCAAACGCCUGAAGGUACCACGUUCAUCUGUACAAACAAUAGUACGCAAGUAUAAACACCAUGGGACCACGCAGCCGUCAUACCAGCCGGAAGGAGAUGCGUUCUGUCUCCUAGAGAUGAACGUACUUUGGUGCGAAAAGUGCAAAUCAAUCCCAGAACAACAGCAAAGGACCUUGUGAAGAUGCUGGAGGAAACAGGUACAAAAGUAUCAAUAUCCAGAGUAAAACGAGUCCUAUAUCGACAUAACCUGAAAGGCCGCUCAGCAAGGAAGAAGCCACUGCUCCAAAACCGCCAUAAAAAAAGCCAGACUACGGUUUGCAACUGCACAUGGGGACAAAGUUUGUACUUUUUUGAGAAAAUGUCCUCUGGUCUGAUGAAACAAAAAUAGAACUGUUUGGCCAUAAUGACCAUCGUUAUGUUUGGAGGAAAAAGGGGGAGGCUUGCAAGCCGAAGAACACCAUCCCAACCGUGUAGCACGGGGGUGGCAACAUCAUACUGUGGGGGUGCUUUGCUGCAGGAGGGACUGGUGCACUUCACAAAAUAGAUGGCAUCAUGAGGAAGGAAAAUGAUGUGGAUAUAUUGAAGCAACAUCUCAAGACAUCAGUCAAGAAGUUAAAGCUUGGUCGCAAAUGGGUCUUCCAAAUGGACAAUGACCCCAAGCAUACUUCCAAAGUUGUGGCAAAAUGGCUUAAGGACAACAAAGUCAAGGUAUUGGAGUGGCCAUCACAAAGCCCUGACUUCAAUCCUAUAGAACAUUUGAGGGCAGAACUGAAAAAGUGUGUGUGAGCAAGGAGGCCUACAAACCUGACUCAGUUACACCAGCUCUAUCAGGAGGAAUGGGCCAAAAUUCACCCAACUUAUUGUGGGAAGCUUGUGGAAGGCUUCCCGAAAUGUUUGACCCAAGUUGAACAAUUUAAAGGCAAUGCUACCAAAUACUAAUUGAGUGUAUGUGAACUUCUGACCCACUGGGAAUGUGAUGAAAUAAAUAUUAGCUGAAAUAAAUCAUUCUCUCUACUAUUAUUCUGACAUUUCACAAUCUUAAAAUAAAGUGGUGAUCCUAACUGACCUAAGACAGGGAAUUUUUACUAGGAUUAAAUGUCAGGAAUUGUGAAAAACUGAGUUUAAAUGUAUUUGGCUAAGGUGUAUGUAAACUUCCGACUUCAACUGUACAUCUUGAGAUCAUUUUUGAGGUCUGGGAAAAAUGGAAGAAAUUGUGAUUUUGGGAUGUAGUCAUCCUUUAAUGCAAGUGUGCCCCAGGAAGAGACCUUUGUUUGGUUAAGCGGUGUUGCUGUAGCGCUCAUGUGAUUGCAGAGUUUGCAAAAUAAAUGGCCACUGGAUUGAUGCAAAUAAUCAUGAUAUCAUUCUGCCAGGUAAGCAUAGGCUACUUUGUAGGUAACAUUUAAUUGAGAUGGGUUUUGGGAAAGCCUUUCCAGCUCUACCAGAAGAAGGUUAGCAUUAGCAUAAUCGUUAAAGGCUACACAACGUUUAGACAUACAGUACACACAACGUACACAUACACACAGACGGGGCAUUCCUGUGCCGUUUCAGAAAGUUCUGAAUCACUGAUGCAUUAUGUUUAUUAAAUUAAUGCCUUUUCUAAUAAAUUCAAUACAUUUUUGAAUAUUGUUGAAUUUCGUUUUAAUGUCUGGAUUCCGUGAUUGCAUCCGCAUUCUCUGCAACGCAGAUUUUAUAGGGCUCUAUUUAGCCUUACAACUCAAACGCACCCAAUAUCUGCGGUGCUGCUUGUGGCAACAUCAUCUUACUGAAUUACAUUUUACAUUUACAUUUAAGUCAUUUAGCAGACGCUCUUAUCCAGAGCGACUUACAAAUUGGUGCGUUCAACUUAAUCUACCUUUAAAUUAUAAAGUAAAUCUCAAUUUGACCCACCAGAUUCACAAGCUUGAAAAUCCCAUUAGGAAUAAAAGCUUGAAAACCCCAUUCAAUUUUUGCCCCCUAAAAACCUACAACUGAACCGUUAGUUAGUUUUGGAGUCAAAUAUAAUAGUUUCAGUAUAGUUUUAGUUUUUCAAGCGGGUUUGUUCAUUAUUUUAUUUCAGUUUACUUGUUUUUUUCAUGAUUAGUUUUAGUUUCAGUUUUAGUUUACUAUAAUAACCUUGAUUGGUUGUGCUUGGUUUCAGGAUGACGGUGGGUGGACCCCUAUCACCUGGGCUAUAGAGUACAAGCACACAGAGCUGGUCCAACUGCUGCUCUCCAUAGGGGCUGAUGUUAACAUCCGAGAAAAGGUCAGUACUGUAUAGGAUGCAUGCUGUUCACCCUACUGUACAUCACAUCACCUUACCUACCUUCUGUUCUCACACCUCUCACAGCCUGGGGAGGGGAGGCUAGACACAGGCAAGGUUACAGUUCUCACCUAAAAAAUAUAACAAUGUACCUUCAAGAUAGCCUUUAGAUGUAAGGUUGUCUCUGUGGUGUGGGGAAGGUGUUGCUCCUGGGUAUGUUUUUUUUCACGUUGAUCUGUGAUCCCUGUCCAGGAGGAGAACUUUGGCCUCCACUGGGCAGCCCUGUCUGGCUCCGAUGACAUCGCUCAGAUCCUGCUUGAUGCCAGAUGUGACCUCCAUGCAGUCAACGUCCAUGGGGACUCACCUCUACACAUCGCUGUCAGGGAGAACCAACUGAAUGUGUGAUGUGAGUAGUAAAACAGUCUCCGUUCUCCCAGAGCUGCAGCAUGACACCAGGUUGUUCUUGAAAAAUAUGAUUUGUUAUCAAUAGCCUUAUCCCACCUGCUUGGAUAAAUUGAUAUAUUAUCAUAAGCGCACUAACCUGCAAUGAGACCAGUUUUAGGUAUAUAGCCUAGAUACAUUUAUGGAAGGAACCUGUCCACACAUCAUAGAUGCACACAUCCAGAGACAGUGACUGCGCUAGCCUGCCCAGUGGGUGGCAGUCAUGCUGCUGACCAUAGCCAUGCUGGGGAUGUGAGAGAGGACCUAGCCACAUCCAGUAUGAUGUCUACUCCUCCAGACUGCUUCUGUCCCGAGGAGCAGACGUGAACCUAAGGAACAGAGAGGGGGAGACUCCUCUGGACUGCUGUAUAUACAACUCCAAGGUGUGGGCGGUCCUGAACACCAAUAAGAAGCUGAGAGAUGCUAGGAGAAGCAGGGACAGUCAUGGAGAGAAGGUCCUUAGCAGGUAUAACAGCAUGGUGUGUGUUGAUUGUUUGUCGUCCUCUCUGUCCUCUUCAGGGACAUCUCUCAGGGGUAUGAGGCAAUCCCCAUCACCUGUGUGAACGGCGUGGAGAGUGACUCCUGUCCUGAUAACUACAAAUACAUCCCUGACAGCUGUGUCACCUCCCCAAUCAAUAUAGACAAGGACAUCACUCACUUACAGGUGAACCUCCAGUGCUCUGUGAAACACAGUCAAGGUCGAAUCCCAUCUUGUUCUGCUUCAUUAGUUACUGUGGGCCAGAACAAGUGACACACUUACUCUCGAUAAGUGUUGUUUAAUGAAGAUCUCACUCUCCUUCUAUUUCAGCAUUGCGUAUGUACAGAUGACUGCUCUUCAAACACCUGCAUGUGUGCCCAGCUAAGCCUGUGCUGUUGGUAUGACAAAGUAAGUACAUAACUACAUCAAGGCAAAGUUCACAUUACAAGGUAAAGUUAAUGCUUUCAUGUAUUUCAAAUGGAUAUUAUGGACCAUAUGUGAUGUGUUGUAUGACGUGUAAAGUGUGUUGCUUGUGGUUGUUCAGGAGGGGCUUCUGCCUGGUGGUUCAGAAUGGAUUCUGGUAACUGGGCCUCCCUAACCCACCAGCAUCUUAUCAAUUACUCAAUCAAUCAAUCACAUUUUAUUUGUCACAUGUGCCGAAUACAACAGGUGUAUACUUUGGCGUGAAAUGCUUACUUACGAACCCUUUCCCAACAAUGCAGAGUUAAAAAAUAAGAAAAUUAGCAAAUAUAAUGUCUACCUUUCUGUUCUACAGUUUCAGCCAACUACUAAAAUGUUAGUUUCUCUGUACACUCUAUGUGUUAUCAGUUAGUUGGACUGGAUUCAUGUCUUCUCUUGUCUGUUUUCAGAACUCGGCUGCAGCUUUAUAAAAUCCAGAAGAUGGGCUGGGGUGUGAGGGCGCUGCAGGAUAUUCCUCAAGGAACUUUUAUUUGCGAGUGAGGCCCUGAAUGUUAUGGAAGACAUUUUAUUGAGUAUUUGGGAAACUGCCCAACCAUAACAAUGAUAAUGUCUUGUUUUUACCGUAGAUUCAGAAUCAGGAAUAACACUUACGAUUUAUGUAUUUUGGUGUACAAAUGACAUGAGACAAUUGUGAUGUCAUGAACAGAUCAUGUUAAAACAGAAUUUGUAAUUUUCUGUUUUUCACUUCAUUUCAAUGUUGUGAUUACACAGAUUAUAUACAGCAGGCUCUCUCUUUAUUUUGCAGGUAUGUGGGUGAAAUCAUUACUGAUGCGGAGGCAGAUGGCAGGGAAAAUGACUUGUUCCUUUUCACUCUGGACAAUAAGGUGAUUUUAAAUUACAUCUAUGAGAAUCUCACAUUUUUAUUGGCCAAUGGUGUAUUCCGAAGUUGAAUGUAAUAUUGUUACUGUGGCAUAAUGUUUAUACUUUUGUAUACCAAUGGACGGUGCUGAAGAGCACACCAUGCCAAUGGUGAUAUAUGUUCCUCUUACAGCGCUCAUCUGCUGCAUUAGCUUUUAGUUUGCUUGAUGGCUAUUUGGUAUACUAAAGCAUAUUGAAAAAUUUACAAUUUCAUGACUGUCUGUGCUACCGCCUCACAGGAGGUAUCAACAUAUCAGCCUUUACUAAUUGUUUUAAUUGAGUGAGUGAUUGGAGGCAUGGAACUUUACUUUGAUUGAUGCAAUUAAUUUUAUGAUGUUAUGUACUGCACUUGCUUUACAGUAUGUAGGCCUACUUACAUUUUACAUUUUAGUCAUUUAGCAGACGCUCUUAUCCAGAGCGACUUACAUUAUCUUUUUAUUUUUCAUACUGGCCCCCCGUGGGAAUCGAACCCACAACCCUGGCAUUGCAAACGGCAGGCUCUACAUCCCUGCCGGCCAUUCCCUCCCCUACCCUGGACGACGCUGGGCCAAUUGUGCGAUUGUAAUGCAAGAUGUCCUUGAGUAUGCUGAAAGGUGUCCACCAAAUAAAAUGUAUUAUUAUUGUCUUAUUAUUUAUUGCUUCAUCUACUGUUUUGCAGGUGGGUGAUGUGCACUGUAUUGAUGCGCGACUCUUUGGCAACAUUGGCCGGUUUAUAAACCACCUGUGUGAACCUAACCUGCUAGCAGCCCGAGUGUUCACCAUGCACCAGGACCUGCGCUUCCCACGCAUUGCCUUCUUCUCCAGCAAGCCCAUUCAGUCAGGUGAUCAGAUUGGGUGAGAGGCACAAAAUAUAUAAGACAAUAAUUGAAUAGAUGGUGUCUUUUCAUGUUGUAUUAAUGUUGUGCUACAGAAUCGAUCAAAAAGCUCAAUGAAAAGGCUCCAGUACAUGAACAUGUGCUUUGAUGGCUACCCAGUGUUCCCCAUUCAGGUUUGAUUACGGUGAUCACUUCUGGAAGGUCAAGAGCAAGUAUUACAACUGCUAAUGCUGUUCUCCAAAGUGUAGACACUCAUCAGCCGCCAUAGCCCAUGGAGCUCAGAGCUUAGAGAGGGUGGCCAGCCCCAGCCCCAGCCCAACAGUCAGGUGCCCAUUCUGCCCAAACACAAUCAUAACACCCCCAUGCCACCUCUGUCCUCCCUCGACCACCUUGGGGGUCUCUCACUCCCUCUGACCACCACUAUGGCUCCUUUUUUAAAUGUAGACUGAUAUGACAUGUAUUUUUAGUAGAUUUGCAGACAGAAAUCAAAUGCUAAGGGUAGCCUAGCCCUAGACUAUACAAAAAUGGUCACCUUUUCCAUGUCUCCUUUUUUAUUAAGUGCUC